AAAGAGCUUAGUUUCAUUUAUGCUGUGAAUCCAAGUUGUCUUUCAUCAUUAUCCAACCCUCACUUUGUUUCCUUUUUCUCUUGGUGUGACAAAGAAAAAUGACCCAUAAAUCCAAAGAGGAGCAACAGAAGCUACUGCAAUUGUUGAAACAAGCCGUUGGCAAUGACAUUCCCCAAUUGACGGAUGAGUAUUUCUUACAAUUCCUCGUAGCAAAUGCAUGGGAUGUGCAUGGGGCACAAAGACAGUUACAGGAAACGUUGGCAUGGAGAAAAGAAAAUGACAUUGACAGCAUUCCCGUGGCUACUAAUAGCAACAAAUUACCGUUGUUGCUCUCGGUACGUGGAUACAAAUAUGUUCAAGAUGGCGAUUUGGGCGUGCAUCCAGGUUUAUCCACCACCACUCUCAAAAUCGGCUCGCUCAUUGGCGGUGACUGCUUCCAUAAAUUUGAUAAAGAAGGUCACCCAAUUCUGAUCGAUCGAACGGGAUACCACAAUUCUAAAGCACUAGGAAAUGAGUUGACGAGCGAACAGAUCACCAACUAUCAAGUGGCAUGUCAAGAGUUUGUUGGGCGGGUGAUUAUGAAAGAAAGCAGCGAACGAUUACAGCGUAUCAUUCACCGUGAAACCGUCAUUUUUGACUGCUCAAACAUGGGAAUCCGACAGUUCCACAUGAACGCUCUUUAUCAUCUUAAAGCUGUGGCUGAUAUUGUGCAGCAUUACUACCCAGAGACCUUGCACCGAUUAUUUAUUAUUAAUGCGCCGUCAGCUUUUGUUAUGAUGUGGAAGGUCAUUCGUCCUUGGCUAAAUCCAGGAACAUUGGACAAAGUCCAAAUCUUAGGCAAAGAUUUCAAGAAUGUCCUGUUGGAGCACAUUGACGCGGAAAAUCUACCUGACUUUCUUGGUGGCACAUGUACAUGUGACCAAAUGCCUGGGGGAUGUGUACCGAUACGCUCAGAGGGAUCGUUACUCAACCCAACGGAUGCCAAUGAGCAAGUGUCCACAGUGUAUAAUACAGAUAUUAUGGAGGCAGCUUCAACCAAUCGAUCACUUUGCCAAUUAUAGAUUUCACUAGUUUCGCUGAUGUUGCUAUAUUGUGUUAUAUUUCUUGGAUGUCGUUGAUGAAUACAAAUCUAAUCGUUAGACCGCAUAAGCCGCUGGGAAAUUCGGG